AUACAUGUGUAUGCUGCACGUAACUAUAAUGAUUAGAGGUUAUAGUCCGUUGUUAUAGAUGAGUUUGGGUCCAUGGUUAGGUUCUGUCUAUGGAGACUAUUCACAUGAUAAAAAACAUGCCAGGAAAUCUUCGAAGAGAGGCAUUAAGAGCUUUUAAAAAGUUGCACAAAACUCGCUUAAGGACUUUUCAAGGAGAUGAAUAUGCCUUGCAAGUCACAAGACAACGAAUCAAUGAUGAAUUUAGGAAAAAUAAGAAUGUUGCUGAUGAAUCUGCUGUUCAAGAGCUAAUCAAGUUGGCAAUUGAUGUAGAGCAUGAAAUUAAAACAACAGUUGUUCAGGCAGUUGAAAUAGAACCAGGAAAAUUUGAGGUUCGGAUUACUCCAGAUACUGUUAAACUAAACAACAUCCCCUUUGGUCAACCUGUUGAUAAAUCUCAAUUCAGGCCAGUACCAAAAUGCUCAGAUCCUUCAGUAAAGUAACCAAGGAUAAAAAAUGUAUUUAAUC